CCAUAGUCAAAUUUUGGAAUCGUUCUAGAAAGCAACCUUAUGGAAAAUUGGUGUAUUAUGCGUGUCUCAUGGUUUUGCUUCUCAUAUUUGAAUUGAACACUCUCAAAGACUUAAAAUAACAAUAAUAUAUAUUAGUAGAUAGUAAAGUAGUAGUAGUAGUAGUUAGAAGAUCUUUGAAAGAUUAAGAAUAUACAAAACAAGAGGAUAUGGCAUGUUCUGUGGCUUUUAACAACAAUAUUAAUAAUUUGGAAAUAAGUUUCUUUGUUUUCAAACCAACAAUUGUGAUUAUAGAUGAUCUUGUUCAUGGUCUCAAACAAUUCUCCUUAACUACUCAAAAUCUUGGUUGUGUUCAAAGCUCUAUAUUUAGAAGCAUCCAUGGAAAUAUGAUUAUAUGGUAUGGAGCAUGGCAGAAGCAAUCUAAUAAAGAAAAAGAGAUCCUAACUUCAACUCUUAAAUCAAUGCUAACCGAAUUAUCAACCAUGUGUAUAUUAAUGGAACAUAGCUUCCUAGAAGCAUAUGCUGGAGAAUCAAGAGAUGGUUCAUCAACUGCAAAAUUCUCAACUGGAGACAUAAUAUCUAUAAACUCGGCAAACACACCUAGUAGAAAUGACCUUAAUGACCUUUCCUACGCCGUGCUGGCACUUUUCAGAUCCCGCUUUGCGAAAAUGGAAGGCAUGACUUCAGGCCUAUGUUUGAAAGGACAAAUUAAACCAAUAGUUGUGUGCAUUCAUGUGUGGAAAUCUCUUCAAUUUUGUUACUCGUGGAUUCUUAGCUCAGAUCAUAGAAAAUGGAUGAUGCCUUAUCUCGAACGUUUUUCGAUCAAUAUGAAGUAUGAUAUUUUCAAAGUAAUGUAUGUUAGUGGUGAAAAUGUUGUUGAUGUUAACUGCAUUUCUUCGCAUCAGAUGUUAGAAAAUGGUAAAGGGAGCAUAGAAAGACAAAUUAUGCAAAAUUGAAGUUUUAAACAAUCAUCUUUUGCUAAGUUUUUUUCACUUGUAAAUAUAAUAUAUUACUUUGUGAAAAUCAAUUUUCUGAUUAGUAGUCAAUAAAAUAAUGAUUAUAUAAUUAACUCCUAAUUGGUGGAUUAGUGAAUGAGGGAUAAAAGGUUUUGGUUAUGGAGGCACAAAACAAAGGAAAGGUGAAAUACAGAAAUGUUAAGCGUGUGAAUAUCUCUAUGUUAUGUGAGAAAGUCCCGCAUCGGUAGGGGUGCUCGCGGUGCGGUUCGGUUUUGAGCAUGAAAGUCAUCCUAACCGCGAGAUAAAAAUGCAUGCGGUUCGGUUGGUUUUUAAAAAGUCAUCCAAACCAAACCAAUGCGGUUAGGGUUGGUUCGGUUUGUGCGGUUUAUCACGAUAUAAAAAAUAUGACAAUAUUUCCAACUUGUUACAAAAUAAAAAUAGGAAAUUUUAAUUUAUUUUAUUUUAUAUGAUACAAUAUGCAUAUACAGAAAUUGCAUAUACAUAAUAACUUGUUUUUAAUACCAACAGUAUAGUUCUGGAUCGCGUGAAAUGAUAUGUUUUGACAGCCUAUUGUUUUAUGAACUCAAUUUGGGUUGAUUUCUGAAAAUUAAUCUCUUUACUUCUUUUAUAAGUCACAAGAGAAAACUAGUUGUUGAGAUGGAUAGAAGGAAUGUUGAAGUGAAAGCAAAACAAGCCUCUAAGCUAUAACAGACAUAAACAUAAGAGAACUGUAGGAGUAAGUUUUGAAUAUGUGUCUAAUUUGUUGAAAGAGAGGUAAAAUGCAGAAAAUGAAGAACCUUGUAAGCAUUGAAAGUAGUGGGAGGUUUACAACAGAAGAGUGUGAAGAUGAGGAUGUUUCGAAGUUGGCCAUUUCGACAUUUCAAGCUAAGGAAGAAUAGAUUGAGAGGAGAAAGAUGGAGGUGAAAGAGAGAGUUGAACUUCAACUUGGACGCGCUGAAGAAGAGACGAGGCACUUGGCUCACAUUUGGGAAGAGCUUGAAGUUAUGGAAGAUCCUAUGAGAAAGGAAGUUGCAAUGGUACGUAAGAAGAUUGACUUGGCUAACAAAGAUUUAAAGCAACUCGGACAGAACUACCGGUAAAAG